CAGACUUGACAAGGGCUCUCAGAGUGGGCAGGGUUUCAAGGGGAAAUGCCUGGUUUCCUCUCAGACCUGGUUCAAUACCGGAGGCUGCUGCUAAUGAUUGUGCUGCUGGGAAUUGGUGGAACCCACCUCUCUGGUUUUCAAAUGUCUGUCAUCAAUUACACUUCUCUGUACAUUCAGAAGUUUGUCAACGAAACUUGGCUGGAGCGAUACGGUUCUGUGCUGCCUCAGGAGACCCUGAUGCUACUGUGGUCCCUCAUCGUGUCUGUGUACUGCAUGGGUGGGAUGAUAGGGUGUCUGUGCAGUGGGUACCUGACUGCAAAAUUUGGAAAGAAGAAAAGUCUGCUGCUCAACAACGUGGUGCUAAUAACAGCAGCACUGCUCACUGGCUUCAGCAGGAGAGCCAAGUCCUUUGAGAUGAUCCUGGCUGGGCGCUUCCUCGAGGGCAUCGCUGCUGGAAUACAUAUGAAUGCCCAUGUUCAGUAUGCUGGAGAGAUCUCACCUAAGAAGCUUCGUGGAUUUAUAAACGUGACCUCCACAGUGUUUCUUGCACUAGGAAAAACUGUAGCACGAAUUCUUGGAUUAAGAGAACUUUUAGGAACUGAAGAUAUGUGGAACGUGCUAUUGUCCUUCUCUGGGCUGGUGGCAUUGAUUCAACUGAUCUUUUUGCCAUUCUUUCCUGAGUCCCCACCCUAUCUCUUGCUGCAAAAAGAAGACAAAGCUGGUUGCUUGAAAGCCAUGAAGCAACUCUGGGGAGAAGGGAAUUACCACACAGAAUUUGAUGACUUGAUGAAGGAAAAGGCUAUAACAAAAGGCACCAAAAUCAUGAAUGUCCUAGAGGUGCUGAGAGAACGAUCUGUGCACCCACAGCUGUGUACCAUGCUCCUCCUUUUGCUGAGCCUGCAGCUCUGUGGCCUGAGUGCAAUCACCUUUUACACCUCAGAAAUUUUUGAAACAGCCAACCUGCAGGAAAGCAUAAUCCCAUAUGUAUCAGUAGGAGUUUCAAUCUCUGAACUCAUCUCUAUCAUAUUCUGUAGCUCCAUAAUCGAUCAGUUUGGACGCCGAGCGCUCCUGUGUGGUGGUUAUUUGCUGAUGGCACUGAUCCUGGUGUUGCUUGAAACAAGCCUUCUGCUGAGUGAUCAGUUCCUGUGGUUGCGGUACUGCAGUGUUAUUCUCAUCUUUCUGUUCAUCAUUGCUUAUGGACUAGGACCAGCUGGAGCUGUUAUGGCUGUCAUGAACGAAAUCUUCACCCUCUCAACAAGGGCCUCUGCUUUUGUAAUUGGUGGAAUCGUCAUUUGGCUAGGCCUCACCUUCACUGGAAUGAUUUUCCCCUUUGCUGUAAUGCUUCUUGGUCCUUUUUGCUUCCUCAUCUUUGUUGCUGUCCUGGUCAUUUCAGUGGUUCUUAUCUACCUGUUCCUCCCAGAAACAAAAGGGAAGUCAACCUCUGAAAUCACAGAAAAAUUCAAAACCUGCCGGUUUAAGAGGAAACGUCAUCAGGCUGUGGAGAUGAAUGCUGCUGAAGAAAAGACAUUUUGCACCAAGCUCUGAUAAGCCACCAUAAAUAAUUUCCACUGUU